AUGUCUUUCAGAGCUAUUCGACCUGUCCUUCGAGCAUCCACCAAUCUCGCCGCUCGACGAAUCGCCCCUGUCCUUCGACCUAUGGCUGUGAGAUCCUUUAGCUUGACUACUAGUCGAAUGCGUAAUGGGGAGACCGACUCCACUCUCGCAUCAGCUUUAGCGGCAGAACAUAGAUUCGAAGUAGAGAACGCUGCUCAAUUACCUGAAGUACCAGCUUUCGUCGAACAAUUUAAGACUCAAGGUGUAUGGGAAAUCCAAGAUAUCCCAGGGGAAGACGAUGUUACUUUGACCAGGAAAUUUGGAAAUGAGACCUUGACGCUCACAUUCCAAAUCUCCGAUCUUGACUCAUUUACUGAACCUCCACUUAUUGAAGGUGAACCUGCUGAAGAGAUUGAACCUUCUGGACCCACCUCAAUAGCCUGUUCUUUGGUAAUCACUAAAUCAGCUACCCCUGGCUCAUUAAUGGUCGAUCUUGAGACGUGUGAUGAAGGUUUCGAAAUCACAAAUAUCGCUGUGUACGAGAAAGCUUUAGCUGAAAAAGAUGGUGCUGAAGGUGAUUGGGAAAGAAGAAGUAAAUACAUGGGACCUCAAUUCGAUCACCUAGAUCAAGCCGUACAAGAAGCUUUCGGUGCUUACCUUGCUGAACGAGGGGUUGAUGAGGCUUUGGCCGACUUUGUACUCUCAUACUGUGAGCACAAGGAACAAAAAGACUACGUAUCUUGGUUAGACGCAGUUCGAGGUUUCGUCGAGCAAUAG